AAGGCUGAAUGGAAUUGUCCAUCAUGGUUGCUCCCGAAAAGAAAAGGUCACGCACAUGAGAACAGGUUUGCUCCAUUGGGUCCUACCUGUGAAAAGGAAUAUGUCACACUAGUCCCUGACACAGGACAAAAUGUCACAGAGCAUACUCAACUUGUCCAGGUCCUUGGCCAGACUGAGCCUCAGAGGUUCUUCCUACACGUUAGUCCAAUGUACCAGAGCAUUGAACUGUAGCAGUCUUCAAUAUGCACUCAAACUCGAAAGCAGUGAGAGGGCAAGAUCAGGAAAAUGUCCUACUCACUUGACAUUGGCUAGUUCACAGAAUAUAUUAUGCUCUGGAUCAGGACUAGUAGUACAAAAAUCAGGACUGCAUACAACAGGCACAGUGCCUCAUGACAACAAGUUUAAGGAUGGGUUUGUCAAGUUCAAGGAACAUCCCAUCUACAAGAAGGGCGCCUACACAUUAAAGCCUAUUCCAUUCCCUAAGAGUGGUGGAAGGGACCCCAAGACAGGAAGAAUUGCCAUCCAUGGCAUCGGAGGUGGACACAAGCGCCGCUACAGGAUGGUGGAUUUCAAGCGAAUUGGUCCAGAGAAAGGACCUCCUACAACAGAAAAGGUGGUCUCUAUCAAGUACGAUCCCAACCGUUCGGCCAGAAUUGCGAUCGUUGCAGGAGGGACCCACAAGCGCUACAUCCUGGCUACCAGGAACAUGCAGGCUGGCAACCUUAUCAGGACGUACGGAGAGAUUCCCAGAAUGCCUGGUGAGUCUGUGAUUCUUCAGCUUCCCUCCAAGCAUCAGAUCUCCAUUGAUGAGCGCUGCAUGGUGACGGUUGGUCAGGUGUCCAACCAUGAACACAACCAGCGCAUCAUCGGUAAGGCCGGGCGCAACCGUUGGCUCGGCAAGCGUCCCAGCAGCGGUCUGUGGCAGAGGAAGGGGGGCUGGGCGGGGCGGAAGAUCAGGCCCUUACCUCCCAUUAAAGUCUACCUGGCUUCUGAUAAGGUGGAGGAGAAGGAAACCUAGCUUGACAAUUAAUGCAACUGUCUAAUUAUCUGUAGUACAUGUUUAUUUCCUAAGCGCCAAAUUGUCAGCCAAAUUAGUAGUUGUAAUUCACAACAGCCAAUGCUCAGAAUAACCAUGAUUUGGAUAUAUACAUGCAUACAGCAUACAUAUUAUGUAUACUUUCAAGUAUCAUAGGCCAAAUAGCAAUUACUCAAGCAACUGGAUAGGUUUUUUUAAAUGUGAUUGCUUGAGUAAUUGCUAUUUGCCAUAUCUUAUUACCUCUAGGUAAUAAUCAUCAAGGUUUUUUUAAUAUCAUGAUUAUGUAAAAUUCUUCAAUAUAUUAACUGCUUACUGUACACUUGCAAUGAGAAGACAUUUUCGAGCUCAGUAAUAAAGGUAGAGACUGA